AAGGAUUUGCGCAAUCGGGUAUUUCUGUGGGGUCAACGUUCAUUCGGUCAUGGGCUGCUGUUUGAAAAUGCCUCUAUGUGAUUAGGCCUACGAGUAUUUUAGCGAAAGUAGCCUACUUUUUGUUUUGGUUUCAGGAAAUGUAUUUUUUCGGCACAAAAAAAUAGUUGGCUCACCGCAUGCUUUUUACAAAGGGUUGCAUUGAUUUUGUACGUAUGAUUAGAGGGGAAGUUGUAGUUUCACUAUAACGCUGAAUUGGCUUCUCCAAAAGAAAAUUACAAACGGCAUAGUUGAAAAAGAAUACAAAAAUGCAUUGUGUUGACAUGUUUGGACUACCUUGAAAAUUUAAAACGACAACUGUUUCUGUCGGGCGAGCACGUGGAAGCCUAGCUGGUUAAAAAAUAAGCCGUCUUCCAAAUAAGCCAAUUACCCGCAUUCCGAAAUCUUGGAGCAUAGCAGUUUAAGCUUUGGGCAGUGGUGUAAAAAAAAAAAAAACACCUACUUCGCAAUACAACCCUCCUGUCACACGCAAGCGUGAAUCCUGACGUUCAGAUCUUGUGUGCAUUUCAUUGAGUUCACAUUCAGGGAUCCUCCCCGGCGGACAAGUAGACAGACGAAUGCGCUUUUUACGGAGCAGAAGGAUUACUCCCGUGUUUGUUAUUUAAGGAAUAUCAGCCAAUUAACAGCACAUCAAUUGGUAACGUGAUAUAUAUCGGUUUUCCCGCUGUAAUGUAAAAAUGGCGAGGCUGCUUCGCAACUUGCUGUUGUUUACAGUUCGACUUACGCUAAAGAUCCGAGUUUUUGGCUUUUGGUCUUUGAUAUACAGCUAUUGUGCUCUCUGCACUUGCAUUGCGCUGUUGAAACUUUGGUGGAACAUAAUUUUAAGGCCGUCAAAAACCUUUCAAUGGGGAAUACGCGAAACUCCCCCAGCUUGCCUGAAUGACACGUCCUUGGGAACCCACUGCUACGUUAGAAUAAAGGAGUCUGGUCUGAGAUUCCACUAUGUGGUUGCGGGAGAAAGGGGGAAACCCCUAAUGCUGUUUCUCCAUGGUUUCCCAGAGUUCUGGUUCUCCUGGCGCCACCAGCUGCGUGAGUUCAAGAGCGAGUUUCGGGUGGCGGCGGUGGACAUGCGUGGGUACGGGGAGUCGGACGUGCCAGCAUCCACCGACAGCUACCGACUGGAUUACAUGCUCACUGAUGUUAAAGACAUCGUGGAGUACUUGGGUUAUAACAGAUGUUUCCUCGUUGGCCACGAUUGGGGUGGGGUCAUCGCAUGGCUGUUUGCCAUCCAUUACCCAGAGAUGGUGACGAAGCUCAUCGUCCUAAGCUGUCCCCAUCCUUGUGUGUUUACAGAUUAUAUUCUUCACAAUCCCAGCCAGCUGCUCAAGUCUGGCUACAUAUUCUUCUUCCAGCUGCCUCGCUUCCCAGAGUUAAUGCUGUCCAUCAACGACUUCAAGGCUUUGAAAGGUCUGUUCACGAGCCGAAGCACAGGGAUUGGACGGAAAGGCUGCUGGCUCACCUCCGAGGACAUGGAGGCCUACCUGUACGCCUUCUCCCAGCCUGGGGCCCUCACAGGCGCCUUAAAUUACUACAGAAACUUAUUCAGCUUCCUCCCCCUGAGGCAGCAAGACGUGAAGUCCCCCGUGCUCCUGCUGUGGGGCGAGAGGGACGCCUUCCUCGAGCAGGACAUGGCGGACGCCUGCCGCCUCUACAUCAAGAACCACUUCCGGCUCAACAUCAUCUCCGGGGCCAGCCACUGGCUGCAGCAGGACCAGCCCGACAUCGUCAACACCUUGAUAUGGACCUUUCUCAAAGAGGGCGAGGGGCGCAAAACCUACAGAAACUGAACUGCUUGCCUCUUAGGAGGGCUGGAAAUUGCCUGUGAAAACCAACCAACAUAAUAAUGCAAUCAUCCUUUGAAUUUUACACAUUUCAGAUAUAUUUCAAGAUGUCAAACAGAGUAAGGGGGGGGGGGGAAGAAAAGCACACUUUACAGGAUCGGACACAGAUUAGAGCAUUUGAUCAUCUUAAGAUUUUUGCACAUGACAUCUGCCUUAAAGUUUGUAAAUGACACAUUUACAGAUGUGCGGCAAAUCUCCUUGUGAGUUGUAUUGUGGUGGUGCCUUUGACUUAUUUAUUAAUGUGACGACUAAAAGUUGUGCCAUUUUUUGAGAUUUCCUGGGCUAUGGUGUGGUCUGCUAUAAUAUACUUUUCACCAGAUUGCUCCUUUCUUUUUCUACACAAAUGCCCCCAGGAUAUUCCCCUCUCGCCUUCUCUAUCAGGUGGUGUUGUCUUAAUGAAAAUGUUGUUCUUCAUAUUUGUAUUUUUGACAAUUUGCUCAGAUAUUUGAGAAUGUUGUUAUCUUGAUCUUCCUGUAAAAAGUGAUGGUUAAAUAUUGUAAACUUUUUGUAUCUCUUCCUACACGUUGCAUUUACUAUUCCACUGAGCUAGUCCUGCACCAUUUUAAUUUUCUAAGCAAAUAAAUAAUAGAAGUAAAAUGUG